CCCAUUCUCUCCACAACUUAGUGAAAAGGCUUAAAUGCGUGGAUCCGACUGACAGCUCAACGCUUCCCACCGGGUGAGGCAGUUGGCCAACCAGCUCCCAGCUUGUCUGCUGAAGGUCAGCUAGGGCCGGAGUGAUGAAGCAGAGGAAUGUGCUUUAGCCCACACCUGCUGGAUGGCCGUCCCCUCAGCAGAGCCUUGAUCUCUUGGAGACAGAGCGCCUGAGGACCCCACCAGCUCCAUUGCAGGGCCACGCGCUGAAGAACACAACUAGCGGAAAAGGAAAAAGUCCGGCUUUCCUUGGGUGUUAAAACGAGGUGACUUAGUCACUCCUGGUAACCAGCUCGGUCUGCUUCAUCCAACCCUCCUCGGCUCCAGGAAUCAGGUCUAAUUUUUCCAAAUAGUUGCAUGAGCACCUGCAGGAGUGUCUGGGAGCGGGAAGUCCAGGGUCCUCCUUGCAAGGCCUCUCCCUCCCUCAAACCUGCCACCCACGAACCUCGGGGUGCGCUCACUCAGGUCAGCGGGGUCAGGCCUGCGGCAGGUGCGGGGGUGGGUGGGGAGAGAUCGCAGGUGUCAUAUGUUCACCCUCCGGGGAGUGCUCGCUCGGGUUUGCUGCUGAAAGGGGGCCCUUCCUUGCUCCUUUGGCAGAACCUGGCCUGGAUCCCUAAGGCCUCCGCAGAGGGCCGCAUUCCCGACUCCGAGUGCAAAGACUUCCUGAAACGCACGGAUACCCCCAGCACGUGGAUCCAGAUACCCUGCCUCAGCCGUACCCUGGGCAGGACCCGGCAUGGGAUCCUCACUAAGUCUCAGCCUUGUGGCAGCCGAGUUUCCCUCAGGAGCUUCCAUAUCCCUUUCUGUCAGUGGCCCUGCAUCUCCCCCAACAGCGUUUCCCGUCUUUGGAUCUCAGAGAGAAAGCGCUGCGAUCUGGAGAUUUUGCCUGCAGAAGACUCCUUGACUUUUAGACACUUUCUCAUUCUUCCUCCCUGGCAACGAGAUUUGCUCGUCAAGAGGUCAGUGGCAUCCCAACUGAGCUGAACUGUAGGACACCCUGCUGCUGAAGGAGAAUGGCUUCGAGAUCUCGGAAUAAACCAGGUCACCAAUGUGGGCAUCCGAUAUUGUUUCCUGCUCACACUUUCCCCUUCUUCCACUAACAGAAGAACCUCAGUUUUACUCUGAGAAAACUCUGACCUUCCACUCUCAAACCACGUGA